AUGGCCGCCGGCCAGCAAGCAGUCUCCUUCAAUGAGAUCAUUAAAGCUGAUCGCCAAAAGAGAAAGAAUGAAGAACUAGCCAACAGCAUCCUGGGGAAGAACCGAAGGACGAGCGCUCCGGGCGCCGGUAACAACAAGGCGCAAACUGCGACACAAGGGAGUCUGGCAAGUCGGAUCGGCGUAGCCAAGCGUUCUGCACCUGCCCCCUCCAAGCCUAAAAAGGUCAUCCGGACGCCGUCUGCACCAGCACGAGUCACCGCUUCGAACGCGAAACCCGGAAAGAAGCGUCGCCCCGAUGAAGAUCGCUUGAUGUCUGCUUUGAACCCCGCUAGUGGACAAGCAACAGUUCGCGAUGGCCCUGUCGGCCUUUCCAUCAAGGGCGCAGGGUCGGGACCGUUUGUCGUUGUCGGAAGCAAUUUCGCACCGGGCACUACCGCUGCAGAUAUUCAGUCGGCUUUGGAGCCUGUGACGGGAAAUAUCUUGCGUUGUUGGGUUACCUCGCAGCAUCCUACGGUUUCUGCAGAGGUCACGUUUGCAGAAAAGUGGGCAGCGGAGAGUGCGAUUGCCAAUUUCCACAACCAGAGGGCGGAUGGCAGAAUCCUGUCGAUGCGAAUGAAGUCAGGCAGCGCCGGUUCCCAGGGCCAGGAUUUAUUCGAGCGUUCUGCGGGCGCCCAAAACUCUUUCAGCGAUCUUCGAGAACAAGAAAACCGUAAGCGCUUGUUACAUCGUGGAGCGGAUCCUGCUGUUCAAGACGGAAGCUAUGGGUUCGGCGGCCAGAACCAAGCAACCGGUCGCGAUGAUGCCUCCGGGAACCGCAAUAAUAGACGCAACUUCCGAGGAAAUCGAAACGCGGGUACCAGCAGGAACCAAGCUCAACAAUCCAACGAACAGAGUCUCUACAGCGAUCAAAUGAUGGUAACAGGACCCAUCCCCAUCGCGGCAUUCAUGCGCCAGGUCCUCACCUCCCCGGAAGGCGGCUACUACACGACCAGACCCGCAGGCGACGGAGAGGUAUUCGGCAAGAAAGGCGACUUUGUCACAUCGCCGGAGAUCUCGCAGGUGUUCGGUGAAUUAGUCGGAAUAUGGACUAUUGCGGAAUGGAUGGCGCAGGGACGCAAGAGUAGCGGGGUGCAGUUGAUGGAGGUUGGUCCUGGUAAGGGAACGCUGAUGGAUGACAUGUUGCGUACAUUCAGGAACUUCAAAAGCUUCACCUCCAGCAUUGAAGCCAUCUACCUAGUCGAAGCCAGUCCCACACUAAGGGAAGUCCAAAAGCAACGUCUCUGCGGCGACGCCACGAUGGAGGAAACAGAAAUCGGCCACAAAAGCACCUGCAAAUACUUCAACGUCCCCGUAAUCUGGGUCGAGGACAUCCGACUUCUCCCACACGAAGAAGACAAAACCCCCUUCAUAAUCGCCCACGAAUUCUUCGACGCCCUCCCCAUCCACGCCUUCGAAUCCAUCCCGCCCUCCCCCGAAAACCAGCCCCCGCAGGACACAAUGAUGACGCCCACGGGCCCAACAAAACUCCACAAGCCCCUCAAACCCGCCAACACGCCCCAAUGGCGCGAACUCAUGGUGACGCUGAACCCGAAAGCCAUCGACGAGAACCUCCCCGACGAGCCCGAAUUCAAACUCACCCUCGCCAAAGCCUCAACCCCAUCCUCGCUCGUCAUCCCCGAGAUCUCCCCGCGCUACCGCGCCCUCAAGUCUCAAGCAGGCUCGACCAUCGAAAUCAGCCCGGAAAGCCGCAUCUACGCGUCCGAAUUCGCCCGUCGCAUCGGCGGCGCCUCGCAGCACCCCAGGAAUGCAUCUGCGCAGCCGGCACCAGCCAAGCGCAUCCCCUCCGGCGCCGCCCUGAUCAUGGACUACGGCACCAUGGAUACCAUCCCUGUGAACUCUCUGCGGGGCAUCCAGCAUCACCGCAAGGUUCCGCCGCUGUCGGCGCCGGGGCAGGUGGAUGUGAGUGCUGAUGUGGAUUUCACGGCGUUGGCGGAGGCGGCGAUCGAAGGGAGCGAGGGGGUGGAGGUUCAUGGACCUGUGGAGCAGGGAGAUUUCCUGCAGACGAUGGGCAUUGCGGAGCGCAUGCAGCAGCUGCUUAAGCAUGAGAAGGACGAGGAGAGGAGGAAAACAUUAGAAACUGGAUGGCAGCGCUUGGUGGAGAAGGGAGGUGGUGGUAUGGGCAAGAUCUAUAAAUUCAUGGCCAUUGUACCGGAGAAUGAAGGCAAGAGGAGGCCGGUUGGGUUUGGGGGUGGGAUCGAGCUUUAGC